AGCGACGCCUCUUCAGAAACAGUGCGCCCUCCCUCUGGAGUGGCCUCCCCUAUUUCCCCUCAGUGGUUCGCUCCGUUGCUUAGCAACCGCCCCAAACGGACGCCUGUAAACGGCUGCGGGGAGUUGAAUGAAGAGAAAACCGAGAUGGAUGAUAUGGAGUCGCCUGCUAUUUUGGAAGAGAACCUCACCCCAGAGCAGUGUUCCGAGGGAGAGAGCAACGAAGAAGAAGCAAGCGGCCCUGAAGAAUUUCUGCACGAAACGGAAAGCUGGAAAGGACUCGGAUUGGAAGAAGACUACAAGGAUCUGGCCCACACAAGCAGCAGAGAUGCUACAGAAGGAGUGGAAGAAGAAGUUGAGUCUGUUUGGGAAAGCUUAGAAGAGCCCAAGCAUCGGAGCAGCAAAAAGAACAUGAGCUAUCCAAACAGAGUUCGCAUCCUCAAUUUGCGGAGGAACCUCAGUCAGCUUGACCAUCUCGCCAAAGAAAAGGAGAUGGCCAUUCAAAAAACAAGGGAGGAACUGGAUGCCUGCCAAGACCGGAUUGAGACUCUGGCAAGUCAACAAAGGAACGUGGAGAGAGAAAUUGACUACGAGAAGAAGUCCAGCAAUACGGCCGCGGUGUUCCGACUGCAGGUGAUGCAUCAGCGCUUGUGUGCCGAACUGGGAAAUGAAAAGGAGCUAGAGUCAAAAAUUGCCGCGAUGCUGAACGGAAAUGUGGAAAGCUUAGAAGAGCCCAAGCAUCAGAGCAGCAAAAAGAACAUGAGCUAUGCAGACAGAGUUCGCAUCCUCAAUUUGCGGAGGAACCUCAAUCAGCUUGACCAUCUCGCCAACGAAAAGGAGAUGGCCAUUGAAAAAACAAGGGAGGAACUGGAUGCCUGCCAAGACCGGAUUGAGACGCUGGCAAAUCAACAAAGGAACGUGGAGAGAGAAAUUGACUACGAGAAGAAGUCCGGCAAUACGGCCGCGGUGUUCCGACUGCAGGCGAUGCAUCAGCGCUUGUGUGCCGAACUGGGAAAUGAAAAGGAGCUAGAGUCAAAAAUUGCCGCGAUGCUGAAUGGAAAUGUGCUCGAGAUGUGGAAGGUCGAGAUUGAGCAAGGAAACUUUUCGGAGCUCCGCAAGCAGAUCAAAUGGGACGAAGAGGAGCUCGAUAGGCAGCACCAGGGCCAAGCGGAAGAACGACUGCGGAAGCAGAAGAACAAGGCUCGGGUCCUGAAGCAUAGGUGGCAAGCCACAGAGAGAAAAAUAGAGGAAGCGAAGGAGUUCAAUGAGCGAUGGUUUUCCAGAGCUUUGGAAGAUGCGCAGAAGAAUCACCAGAAGGCAGCCGAGUUUCUGAAGGAGAGUCUCGGAAGGAUCCACGAGAGGGAAGAAAGGGAAGAACAAAAAUAUCGAGAGUAUAUGCACAAGAGGAUGGACACGGUGCUCUCUCUGAAACAAAACAUUGCUUCCAACCGGGAACAUCUCCGAAUCACCCAGGCCCUGGACAAAGUCACCGCUCUUGAAGCUCAAGCCCAAGACGACAAGGUGAAGGCGGCCAUCCAGGCUCAGGGACACAACGUCACCCGGGAGAUUUUCCUCCAUAAACGAGACAUUGAGCUGGAGCAUCGGAAGAAAGAAUUUAUGGAGCAGCAGAAAGCCAAGAAGAUUGAGAUCGUUGCUCGGAUCUUGAAAGAGGAAGCUCAGCAGGAGAAAGUGAGAAAACAAUCCCACCCAGGGAUCCUGAAGAGCAAGGAGAAGCUUUCUGAUGCCGUGAAAUGGCGCUUGAAAACAUGGCGGUACAUCAAAGAAACAUGUUAUGACUCAAUGGCAACUACUCGGCUGCAGAAAUCUUGGCAUCCUGUUUGGUCUAUCGAUUCCUUCGAUGAUGCGAGUUACAUUUUGGGAGCGUCCAAGGAAAUGGUCCCAGUAAGGAAAGUCGAAGAAGAAGACCGGAACGAGACUCUCGCCGAGCCGGAGUUUUCGGGAAUUUGGGAUCAAGAGUGCGACAUAUUCAAGGUCACAGACGACAGCGACUCCAAACCUCUUAGUGCAUCUGAGCUGGAAAAGGAGAUUUUUCCUCGGGAUGUGGAGAAACUGCAUAGCGGGAUCAUUCGUAAACACAGGGUUUGUGGCCGUGAAUUCAAGGGAUGCCCUUUCUAUAGCAAGCCCAGCCUCAUUCAUUUCAAGGACUUUGACAUUGGGAAGACUUACAAAAAGAAGAUGGUUUUGAUCAACGCUUUUUAUGGCAUUAACUUCUGCAAGCUGAUUGGCGUCAAUGAACACCUGAAGGAUUUUUUCACUGUUCACCUUGAUCCGCCGGGCCCAAUGUCUGCUGGAAUGUCGUGUGAAGUUGGGGUGACCUUUAAACCACUGAUCAAUGAAGAUCUCGAAGGAGAAAUGACAUUCUUGUCUCAGAUUGGUUCCUUUUCGGUCCCACUAAAGUGUUCAACCAAGAAGUGCGUGCUCGCGCUAGAUAAAGAGCUCAUUGACUUUGGCGCUCUCGUGGUGGGAGAGACAAUUUCACGCACCGUCACCUUGACAAACUCCGGCGCCCUGGGAACACGCUUCCGGCUCCGCAAAUCGGCAGGCCCCGACGCCCCGAACAAUGUGGUCGCUCCGUCUUCCUCGGAGAAAAUGGUCUUUGACCUUAUCAUUGAAAGAACCAGCAGUGAUAAAGGCAGCAACUAUAGCCUGGGGGGCACCAUUGUGGACAAAGAAUCAGCCUCUCUUUCCCAUUCCGAAGAGAUUAUCCAGCAGACCGUCGCUCCCUCCGAGAAGCUGAUCCCGUUGUAUAGCAACGAACAAAUUCACGAAAUGGUGUCUGAUGUAAGUAUAGUGGAAGAAAAGUCGCCAAGUUCACUGGACACGAUCCCCCUGGAAUACACAAGGGAAGACACAACGGAAAUUACAUUGGGCAAGGUUACAGAAGGUGAUAUUGGACCUUUUAGCUCUAUCAAAAUUCCAAUUAUUUUCACCCCGGCAGUUCCUGGGAGGGUGCAGACUGAUUUUGAGAUCACCUUUUACAAUCCAGACUGCAAACCGUUACACUUCAGUGCCGUUGGUGUUUCUGUGGCCGUGCCAGUGUGGGUCCGCAAUCCAGACAUCGAUCUCAAAAUCUGCAUCUAUGACAGACUUUAUCAGGACUGCAUCGUCAUUCAAAGCAGAGCCACGAGUGCCCUGCGCCUGAAGUUUGAUGUUUGCAAGGAAUUGGCCAACCACAUGGAGCUGCUUCCAAAAACAGGCUACAUUCAGGCACAGUCAUCGUUCAGUGUACAGCUGAAGUUUCUGCCAAGGCAGUCUCUUCCAGAAGACGCCGGCAAAUACUUUGACGAAAAAACAAGAGUCCUGGAAUUCCCUGUGACCAUAACAGUUUCAGAACAGAGUAAGCCAGUUCAGUUUACUGUUCACGCAAUUGUCACUACCUCCGAUUUGGAAAUCAACCCAGCCGAGGUCGAUUUUGGAUACUGCUCUAUCUUCGAAGCUGUGCAGACAACCGUUACGCUAACCAAUAAAUCCAUCCUUCCCCAGGAGUUUGGCUUUGUGGGCCUCCAGGAGUUUGUCGAAGUCCAGCCCAACGAUGGAUUUGGCGUCCUCCUUCCCCUUGAAAGCUUGAGCCUGGACGUCAUCUUCAAACCCAAGAAGGCAAAAGAAUACUCUUUCCAUCUGACUUGCAAAACUGAGAUCAACAGACAAUUCAAGCUGUCUUGCAAAGCGAUUGGAGUCCACCCUCCUCUGGAGCUUUCUCAUUCUUUCGUCCAGUUCCCCGCCACCGCUCUGAACGACGUGUCAUCCGCAACGCUUUUCAUUAUCAAUUCCCACGUGCGGCUCAGCCGGUUCAACCACAACGGUCCCAGAAUCGGGGCGGGAGAAAUGGCUCCGGUGGGGCCGACCUCCUUCCAGUUCCUUGUGCCCGAAGACUCCCACAUCACCAUCAUGCCUUGUGUCGGCACCGUUCUGCCCGGGAAGAAGUGCUUGCUUGACGUUUCGUUCCAUCCCGUCCUGUGUGACCAGAUCAUCAGGCAGGAAGCCGUUCACUUGAUGUGCCAGGCGGCUGAAGCCAAAGCGCAGGCGGAGAAGAAAGCCCGGGAACUAGAACUGCAGAGAAAGAAAGAGGAGGCUCUGGCAAGCAAGAAGGACGUGAAGAAGUUGGCCAGCAUAUCCUUUCUCGGUCAGCCUUCAAAGGAGUAUGCCACCAAGGACAAGUAUCCCUCCAAGCCCUUUGAACCGCCAAACCCAGAAGACAUAUCUUCAAAUUCAGAAGAGUAUAUCGCGGCUCAUUUAUCCCUGGUUCGGAGCUUUGCUGAGCGGUUUGACAGAUACAUCAUUCCCUGCCUGGUUGCCUAUGGAGUUAUUGACGAGAAGAGAGGAGCUGAAAUUCUGCACUUUAGCCCUUACAACACCUUGUAUUUAGAACUGCACUGCCCUUCGAUGGCACCCGUUGUCGUGGUCACUUCAAACAACGGAAGAACUUUCUUCAAUUUUGGGGACGUCGCCGUAGGGCACAGGAUUAAGGAAAAAGUCAAGAUACAGAACAUAUCCCAAGAACAAUUAGUUCUCCACUAUUCCCUCCUGGAUCCUUUCGGGCCAUUCCUGUUGGCCAACCCCAUCUGCAUGCUGGAGGAAGGAGAAUCCCGGGACCUCGUGAUCACGUUCUGCCCUGAGGAGAAUAAGUCCUUCUUUGAAACUCUGGCGCUCCGGAGCGAGAAGGCCACCCUGACUCUCACCUUGACCGGCCGAGGCGUGAUCACCUCCAUUGCGUGUUCGGCCGAGGAUGUGUUUGACAUGGGAUACGUUGUGAGCAAGGAAACCGCCACGGCCACCUUCAACAUAGAGAACACGUCAACUCUUCCCCUGAAAUACACUAUCGUCCUGGAAUCUCUCUCCCCAAACAGAGACGAGGAUCUUCAGGAGCUUCCCCCUUUCCUCAUAUCUCAGGGCAAAACAAACCUAGUUGGUACCCAAAACUACAGCGGCUUGAGCGUGUUCACCGUCUCUCCCGUGGAAGGUAUCAUUGGCCUUGGAAAGUUCCAGGAGUUUACUGUCACCUUCAGCCCUGAUCACGAGAGCCUGUACUACUCCGACCGUGUCCAAGUCUUACUAUUUGACAAGGAAGUUGUCCGUGUGAUCCAGCUGAAAGGCGCAGCCAGGAACCAUAUGAUGUAUGUGGAAGGAGGCGAACCAUUGGAUGUGCCAAUAGAGUCACUGGCUGUGACGACAUCUGUCGCUGAAGAAACUGCCAAAGCAGAAAGUGACAAAGCCACCAAUUCCAUCCUGGUCAGCCUGGAGUCUGUCCAGUCGGAGACCUUUGUCAUCCCGGCCGUGAGGGAGCUGAAAGUGGGAGUCAUACGGACCACCCAGUUUACGUCCAAGAAGAAUGUCGAAUUCAGUUGGGAAAGCCUGCAAAUUCUCCAGCAGAAAGGAUUCACCGUGGACCCGGUGAAAGGAACCGUGGAGCGCGGACAGACCAAAGCCAUCAGCGUUUCGUGGGUGCCCCCUGCCGGCUCCGACCCCAACCAGCCUGUGACGGGAUCUGCCAUAUUGACUCUGAAAGGAGACAUUAAGGAGAUUUACAACGUCUACUUCAUGGGCCGGAUUGUGACCAGAGAGCUCCCACCCAAUUGAGGCACAUGGAAGAAACAUGGAUUUCCACAAAUCUCUCUGAACAUCUAGAAAUGGCGAAGAAUUUUGGACCAACCUCAGGUUUCAAGGCCGAUCGCAUCUGAGAAUCUUUAAAUCUUUUCUAUACAUGUGAUAUAUUUUAUAUUGCCAAUUUAAAAUACAAUAAAGCUUUUUCUCUGCA